GUAUGGUAAGUUGACAGUGGGCAAGUACAUUUUAUAAAGUGAGAAGUGAAUUCACAUUUAAAAUUCAAUACAUAUAUAUAGUUUCAUGAUCUUUAGCAAAAAUGAUGUUACCCAUUUUUUUUCUUGUGAAUUAUAUUAUACUAAUAAAAUUAUUUAUUGUUUAUUUUUUUCUUUCUCUUUCAGGAAAAGCUGUGAGCAUAAGAAUUUAUUAUUUGCUUGUAUGCUCUAUAGCAUCUGUGGAAGAAAAAGAGUGAAUGUCAUCUUCUAUACACCGAUACGGGCGAAUUUUCAUGGAAGUGAGCCCUCUACGUUUAUUAUUACACGCUGGGGGGCGGUAAGCACUAAAUAGGUACCAAUCCUGCAGCUAAUCAUGAAUAUUCAUUAGCUUCCUCGAAGUGCGCGCACACAAUCUUUCGAGCGCGCGCUUUUUUAUUUACUCCGUAGUACUAGCUAGCUGCCCAGACCCCAGCGCAUGCCCAGCGUAUACGGAGCCGGUGUCUGUAUGCUUUGCCAAAGCUUGGCCGGCAAGGCAGUUACUACUACUACUAGUACAAGUUAAAGCACGAAGACUGGACGAAACCUGAAAUUGAAAAUCAAAAUGGCCCAUCCAGGGAAGUCCUCUAAAACUCCUUCAGCUCUGACUAAUAAUGGCAAGCCUUGGACAGAUAUCUGGAACCAAGUGGAUGAUGAUGAUUUCACUGGCUGGGUGACUAACUGGGACGAAGCUCAGCAAGUCCGACAAAAAUUCGAAAACUCCUCUUCCCUCAGAUUUGUAGGCCAUAAAAAGUCAAAGAAUUUUGACCUUUUUCAGGGUGAAGAGACCAACCAGUCAUAUGACAGUGAUCAUGCAGGACAUGCAGCAAGGGAUCUUCAUGGCCAAGGUGAUGGAACAGAUGGUAGUGAUGAAGAUGAAAUGGAAAUCGAUGAAGAAAUUGACAAUCAUGAUGUAGUAAAUGAUGAUGAUGGGAGUGAUGAUAAUGACAGGGAUGAAAAUGAAGCCCCUCCCAUACCAGGGCAGCGAAGAAUGCCCAAUGCACCAGAGGGUUGGUCAAAUGAUCUUCCUGAUAUCAAUGUCAGAGCAUACACAGAACAGGUGGGUCCUAAAUGUAACUUAGCUUAUGAUGCUCCAGAACUUGACUAUCUAAUGUGUCUGAUUGGAGAUGAUUUCUUUGAAAUGAUAGCCAGGAACACCAACAUCAAUGCUGCAAGUAAAAGACCCCCAGUAGAACCAGAUGACAGAGAUGAAUUUGCGUGUUCAGAUCCUGCAUGGACCCCAACCAAUAAGGACGAGAUAAAGGCGUUUAUUUCCAUCAAUAUUCUUAUGGGAAUAAAUCACACAUCAGAAUAUCAGGACUGCUGGUCCAAUGAUCCUGCGCUGAGAAAUGAAUUUGUUUCCAGUUUGAUGACAAAGAACCGUUAUGAAAAACUCAGCCAGUAUCUACAUUGCAGCAAUGUUCGCCAACCAGUUGAAGAGAAUGAUAAAGUUCAUAAAGUCAGCAACUUUAUAAAAACACUUCAAAGAAAUUUCCCACUGAUGUUUGUGCCUGGCCAAUCUCUGUCAGUUGAUGAGGCAAUGAUCAAGUUCAACGGCAGAUUAUCUUGGAAGCAGUACAUGCCCCCAAAACCAACGAAAUGGGGAAUAAAACUAUGGUGUCUCUGUGACUCUGUAACAGGAUACUGCCUGGCAUUCCAAGUCUAUACUGGGAGAGCAGUAAAUCAACAAGAAGUCCAAACAUUUGGAUUAGGAUACACUGUAGUGAUGGGGCUAAUGAGAGAGUUCCUUUUACAGAACCACAUUGUGUAUGCAGAUAACUUUUUCUCCUCUAUUCCACUGGUCGAAGAUCUUCUACAGGCAGACACAUGUUAUUGCGGAACGCUCAGAAAGGAUCGUGUUGGAGUUCCUCGAGCAUUAUCAGAAGUGAAACUUGACAAGUAUGACAAUGUGAAGUGGGCCAAGGACCAAGUAAUGCUCACAAAAUGGAAAGACAAGCGAGAUUUUUACACCAUUUCAACUAGCAAUGAUGGGAGCGAUAUUCACAAACCACGAACACGAUUUCAACAGAGGAAUAUUAUCACAAUUCCUUCUGUGAUUGCAGAAUACAAUGCACAGAUGGGAGGUGUUGAUCAUGCCGACCAGUUGCGCAGCUACUACAACGUGGGAAGAACUGGGAGAUGGUGGAAAUAUCUCUUUUGGGGACUUCUAAAUGUAGCCAUCAUCAAUGCAUACAUCCUGUGGGAAGUUUCUUCUCGACCACAUCCAAGAAACAGAAGGAGUUGGUCCCUGAAGUCGUUCAAAAUGGCCCUUGUCCACCAACUUGGGGAUGGCUUCUCAUCACUAAAGCACAGAGCAAGUUCAGAUGGAGAUCGUCCAAUAGAGAAGAUCGUAGCAAGAGAACCAGUUCCAGGUCACAGUCUGGUUGCUUUUGCAGAGAGGAAGAAAGUUUGCCGGCAGUGCAAGAAAGUGGGCAGGAAAGCUCCAUGUGGUGAUAGCAUACAAACCAAAUUUGGAUGAAAUGGGUGUAGAGUAAACCUGUGUCGGGAACGUUGUUUCAAUGAGUGGCAUAAUAUUUAGAAGGCUGUGGUACGUGUUCUUGAGAGAAUUGUUGAACUCAUUGAAAACAUGAAUACAUUUCAUAUACAGGAUACACUUUGAGAAGUAGAAGAACAUUUUGGUGUUCAAGUUUAUUUACAAGGUAACUACUCCAAGGUAAAUUGAUUUAUCAUUACCGGUAUUCUUAUCAUGAUUUUUUAAUGUUCAUUCAUACACACGUGUCAUUGUUAUCUUUAUGACUACUAUCAUCAUCACCACUAUCAGGUUAUGUGUGAAAAUAACUUUUUUUACUUUAUAUUUGUUCUUACA